AGAGAGAUGCUGAUGACGUCGCCGUCGACGCGUUCCGAUGUUGGCAUGUCGCAGUCGUCGUCGUCGUCGUCAUUGCCUUCGCAGAGACGCAUACACGGCAAUUGGAAAAUGUAAGUCAGCCCCCCAUAAACAAAUUUUAGUUUUAAUCACAAUGAAAUAUCGGAACCAGUCUUGCCCAUGAAAAUUUCUAAGCAGAUGCAGGCCCCAACCUUAUUUUGACUACUUCAGAAGAUAACAGUUAUAACACAUGUACUCGUACUGGGGUCAAGUCAACUGAAGACCCAGCUACCACACAUGAAAGCUCCAGUGUUUAAGCUUGCUGGGUAUGCAAUGUUUCAGUAAAAGAAAGUGAAAUUUCGGUGCUUUUCUCAGAUUGUUAUCGUGUGAGGAAUUUUCAAUUGGGGGGCUAUAAUAAAUACAAAAUAGAAGGACCCAUAAGGAAUUUAAAGUCUUCAACUUGAUGUUUCUAGUUUCACUUGCUAUCUAUUCCUUCUUGUUAUCUUGUCAGAGUUCCAAAGCUUAGCUCUCUUGAUGUUUGGUUGAUGGAACCUGGAUAUCAGAAUCUUCCAUCUUCGUGGAGGACUCAAAAAGAGGCUGUGAGGAGGGAUUGAAAAGAUACAACUGGGAAUAUCAAUUUCCAGUUUGAUAGAUUUGGGCAACAAUUGAGGAUUGCUCGUCUGUUACCAUUAGAAUUGUCUGGUGCGAUGUUGGAAUAAUGAGAACCUAAUAUAGAUAUCAUAAAUCUAUUACGAACUAGAUAAAUGUCUGGACUCGACUUCAGUAUUGGAAUAAGGGAUGUUGGAGUUGCAGUUCUACAGGAAUUAUGGAAUAAGGUGGCGUAUCAGACCAUGGGGCUUGUUGGUGAAACAACGGAUCUGUUGUUUGAAAAGGACAGCUUUUUGGAGUUCUCCAAGAGCAUUUCUGAGCUACAUGUCAUCCUCAGCAGCUUAAAUCCCCAGAAGGUUGAAAAGGCACUUGGUUUAGAGUCCACAAGAGCUGUAUUGACAGCACUGAACCAGCAAUUGAAGAAAGCAAGCAAGAUAAUCAAGGAUUACAAAUGUGGAAGCCGCCUCCGUCUCUUGCUUAAAUCUCAUUCUAUUCUCUUGCAGAUGGAGAAUUUAGCUAAAGAUAUUGCCAAGACUAUCUCCACAUUUCAGCUGAUCAAUCUUGAUACUGCCCUGAACUUGAAUAAUAUGACUAGCCAGAUCAUAAGCAAUCUGGGAUCAAUGGAAUUCAGGUCAGCAGCUGCAACAGAAAAAAUUGCUUCAGAGAUAGAAAGUUCAAUAUCAGAAAAUGCGAUGAACAGAGAGAAUGCUAAAAAGCUCCUGGUGAAAAUUGCUGAAGCUGUUGGUGGAAGACCAAGCACAUCCUUGGUACAAAAUGAGUUGGCACUUCUGAAGCAAGAGAAAGAAGAGAUGGAAGCACAAAAAAUGCAGGCAGAGGCCCUCCAGCUAUCUCAACUGAUUGAGUUCCUUUACAGUACCGAAGUUGUUACAAGGCCUGUUGAUGAGGAAACAACCUCCGCGCACCACCAGCUAUACCCGAUUGGUUCAUUCAUAUGCCAAUUGUGUAACAAGUUGAUGACUGAUCCAGUAGCAAUUCAUUGUGGCCACAGCUUUGAGAGGGAGGCAAUUCUGGAACACUUCAGCCGGGGAGAGAGGAACUGCCCCACCUGUAGACAAGAGCUUUCAUCUUUUGACCUCACUCCUAACCUUUUACUUCGAAACUCUAUAGAAGAAUGGAAUGAGAGAGACAUGGACUUAAAAUUCCAAGCUGCAUUGCCUAGAAUAAAAUCCAGUGACCAAUCACAACAGGACAAGGCCUUGGAGGAUCUCACAUUUUUUCUAGAAAGGCCCAGAUAUGUAACCAAAGCUGCCGAGGAAGGACUUGCGACAAAGUUGGUGGUAAUUUUAAAAGAUGAUAGGGUAAAUGCUGGUGCAGCAUUAAAAUGCCUAUAUUAUCUAGCCAAAUACAAUGAUGAUCAAAAGAAAGCUAUUGUCAUAGCAGGAGGUAUUCGCAGAAUAGUGAAGCAUAUCUGUAAAAAUGGAAAUGAAUGCCAUGCCCUCGCUGUCUUGUUUGAGUUGUCUGAAAAGGAAAGCUUCGCAGAAAAGAUUGGAGGUACAAAAGAUUGUAUUCCGCUUGUGGUCUCUUUACUCAAUAUAGAUAACCCAGACGUGUCUCAAAAAGCUAGUAAGGUGCUGCAGAACCUCUCCUCCAACAUCCAUUUUGUUGUCAAGAUGGCUGAAGCAGGACACUUCCAACCUUUCGUAGCUCGCUUCAUUGAUGCAGCUGGAGAGACCAAAACACUGAUGGCUGCAGCCUUAGUAAACAUGCAACUGAAGGAAAAUAACAUUGAUGACUUAAGAGAACCUCAAUUCAUCCACAAUCUAAUUCAGAUGCUCGGUUCCAGCUCCCCAGCAUCCAAAUCGGCUUGCCUAAAAUGUAUCAAGAAACUUGUAGCGCACCACAAGAUUGUAGAAUGCCUUCUGGAAGACGCUGUCACUAUACCACAUUUGCUUGGUCUAAUCUCAUUUAACAGGUUUGAUCCACAAUAUAAACAAGGAGCUGCAGAGAUUCUUGCUAAACUAAUUGGAGAUAGUGAGCAAUUUGAGCGACCAAAGUAUCAGGGCUUGCAAGAACUGCAAUCCAAGCACAAUGUUAGCCUACUGUUGGAGUUUUUAACCAGUGUUGAAGAUCAAACCAAGAUUCAGUUUUUACACCUGCUGGUUGAGCUGAGCUCUAAAUCAGAGAUAGCCCGUGAGUUGAUACGAACAGACAAAGAUGCAAUGUCUCAACUCUUUUCAUCCAUUUACAGCAACCAACCUGAGGUGAGAAGGUGGACAAUGAAACUUAUAUACUGCAUAUCCGAAGGUCAUCCUGAAGGAGUUCCACUGCCAACGUCCCCUGAAAAAGAAGCAGCCAUUACCAACCUAGCAACCAUCCUCAUUAAUUCACCAGAUACCGAAGAAAGGACUGCUGCUGCAGGAAUUAUCAGUCAGCUUCCUCGGGAUGAUAUUAGCAUUGAUGAGAUACUCCAAAAAUCUGAUGCACUGAAAGCCAUUUGUGGUGUACUUUGCAGCAUGGAUGACGAUAUUAGUGGGAACAUGGGAUCUUCCGACCACAGCACAUCUCUACUGGAGAAUGCUCUAGCAGCCCUGUUACGCUACACAGAACCCUCUAAACCUGAACUUCAGAGGCAAUUGGGAAAGCUUGAACUGUACCCAUCUCUAGUUCGUGUGCUGACAUGGGGCAGCCCAGUAGCCAAGCGGAGGACAGCAACUGCACUUGCUCAUCUAUCUCUUUCUACCAGCCGGUCAUUCUCCGAAACCAUCAUGGCACAACAAACCAGGCCCGCCAUGCCCUUCUUUCUCAAGCAUGUAUCCAGUAUGUGGUGCUGUUCUGCAUCAUCACAUAAUUUCAGUUCAUGUCCUGUUCACGGUGAUGCUUGUUCACCAAGAGAUGCCUUCUGCCUGGUCAAGGCUGAUGCAGUGAGGCCACUUGUGAUCAGUCUGAGUGACACAGAGUCGGGUGUGGCAGAGGCAGCUCUAAUAGCACUUGAUGCAAUGCUAAUUGAUCACAGCACACGAUCACAAUCAACUGCUGCGAUUGUGGACAGCCAGGGUGUAGCAGCCAUUCUACAUGUCUUGGACAAGGGGUCUGUAUCUGCCAAAACCAAAGCCUUAGACCUCUUUCAGAAGAUCAUGUUACAUACGAAGAUCAGUGUACCGGUAAUGCAGAAGUUUGAGAGGAUCCUUAUCCAAUUUCUCAGUGAUGCGGACCUUAAGAAAAAAGCAGCUUUGACACUUAGACAGAUGGGGAUCAUCCCAGAGCAAUCGUCAUACUUCUAAUCUCCUAGUUAACAUGGUUGAUGAUAGAGGAAGAGCUUCCUCCGGCACCAAGGAAAUCAUAAUGGGAAAAUAUGUGAUAAUGCAAGCUUCUAGCCGCAAACAGAGCAGUUGGGGACAGAUUGUAGAUACGUGUAAAAUACCAUCAAUUUGAUUCUUACGCCAUUCUUUCGCCAUUUUUAUCUUGUGCAGAAGCUGCACCUGGUGUGCAGAUCUACUCAAGUAUAGAAUAAUAAAAGAACAUAGCAAUUGUGAUGCUAGACUUCAGCCUUAUAUUUUGAAAAGGCACGACUUGCGAUAGAAAUAGCUUAUAGCUAGUGUAAUUUCUCAUACUUCUGAAUACAGUUUCAUUCAUUA